AAAGCUAAGAUCCAGGACAAAGAAGGCAUCCCUCCUGACCAGCAGAGGCUGAUUUUUGCUGGGAAACAGCUGGAAGAUAGCCGGACCCUGUCAGACUACAACAUCCAGAAGGAAUCAACCCUCCACCUGGUCCUGCGUUUGAGGGGUGGCGUGCAGAUCUUCGUGAAGACCCUCACUGGUAAGACCAUCACGCUGGAGGUGGAGCCCGAUGACAACAUAGAGACAGUGAAAGCUAAGAUCCAGGACAAAGAAGGCAUCCCUCCUGACCAGCAGAGGCUGAUUUUUGCUGGGAAACAGCUGGAAGAUAGCCGGACCCUGUCCGACUACGACAUCCAGAAGGAAUCAACCCUCCACCUGGUCCUGCGUUUGAGGGGCGGCAUGCAGAUCUUCGUGAAGACCCUCACUGGUAAGACCAUCACGCUGGAGGUGGAGCUCGAU